AAAUAAAAAACAGGAUGCUUCUUCUGUACCAAGAGCAUAAAGAUGCUAUCAUCGACCGUUUCUUCCCUAAAUUUUCCAGCAAGAACCAAACUCUCCUCACCAAACCCUGCAAUUUUUCCUCAAAACUACAAUCUUGUACCUUUCUGUACUGAAAAUAUGGCUUCUUCUCCAUUUUCUGGAGGGUUAAUUAACUCCAGGGUUGAUUCACCAAUUGCAAUAUGUUGUAAAAAUGCUUCAGUAGAUUCUGCAAAUAGUGGAUUUUCAACACUGAUGGAGUACAUGGGUAAAGGAGGGGUUGGUGUGGGUGAUGACUUGGUGUUAUUGUUUGGUCACUUAGAAUAUGCCUCCAAGAAAAUUGCUGCUCUUGUUGCUUCCCCUUUCAAUUCCAGCCUCAACAACAAUGUUGCCAUUGGAAAUACUGGGAUUUCUUCUGAUAGAGAUAAACCCAAGCCUCUUGAUAUUGUUUCGAACGAAGUUAUAUUGUCGUCUCUUAGAAAUUCGGGAAAAGUUGCUGUAAUGGCCUCAGAAGAAGAUGAGUGUCCUGUGUGGAUAACUGAUGAUGGCCCGUUUGUGGUCGUCAUGGAUCCUUUAGAUGGUUCCCGAAAUAUAGAUGCCUCAAUACCCACUGGAACGAUAUUUGGGAUUUACAGACGUCUUGUGGAAAUUGAUCAUUUGCCGGUGGAGGAAAAGGCUUUACUAAACUGCCUUCAGAGUGGAUCAAAGCUUGUUGCUGCAGCUUAUAUUCUCUAUUCGUCAGCCACAAUACUCUGUGCUAGUUUUGGUUCUGGAACACAUGCAUUCACAUUGGAUCAUACAACCGGAGAUUUCCUCAUGACACAUCCUAACAUCAACAUUCCUCCUCGAGGGCAAAUAUACUCAGUUAAUGAUGCUCGGUAUUUUGACUGGCCUGAAGGAUUAAGGCAGUAUAUUGACACCAUAAGACAAGGGAAAGGACAAUAUCCUAAGAAGUACUCAGCCAGGUAUAUAUGUUCUCUAGUGGCUGAUUUUCAUCGGACUCUGUUAUAUGGUGGGGUAGCAAUGAAUCCAAGGAACCACCUUCGGCUUGUUUAUGAAGCAAAUCCCUUGAGUUUCUUAGUGGAAAAGGCUGGAGGUAGAGGUUCAGAUGGUAAAAAUCGAAUUUUAUCUAUUCAGCCUGUCAAGCUACACCAAAGACUUCCUCUAUUUUUGGGUAGUUCGGAAGAUAUAGAAGAAUUACAGAGUUAUGGGGAUGUUCAGCAGAAAGUAAACCCUGGUUACGAUGUUUAAUGCCCUUGUCCUCUUUCAUGCAGUUUGGACUUGUUCUUGUUCAGCUCAUCUCUCUUUCACAUGUACUUUUUUUCUUGAGGCACAUAGUAAAUAUGCUCUUCACUAGAAUAAACAUGUGACUUGAAUAUUGUCACAUGAUGAACUUCAUGUAUCUUUAGAGCACCUUAAAUUUUGUUUGAAUUAAAAAAAUUUAACAUAUGCUAAACAAGCAGGGCGGAUGGAGCUAUAAUUCAUUAUCAUCAUCAGGAUCAGAUGAUGGAGUUUGGCAUCCAUGUCCAUGUCCAUUUCCUUUGCUGGGAGGAAUAUCGUCGUCAUACUAUUCCACCUGGUGAUUCUAAUAUACACGGUAUUGUUAAAGUAGAGAAUGACCCUAACCAACUUGUACUCGGUGGAGAUGGGAAGGAAGGUGAAACCUGUAGCUAGAUCACUCACCACACGAUUAGACCGCAUCGUAAUAUGAUUUCUGGGAUGUGGUGCUCUAUCAGUAAUUAAUGCCAUGGAAAGUCCUGAACUUCCUUGCAGCAAUGUUCCACACCACCACUGAUUUAGGGCACAAUCCAGACGAAAAGCAUACACCAUACCUCUACAAGAGUCUGCCACGUAAAUUUUAUGUCUUUCAUAAAGAGUAGGAGGAGGUAAAGAUAAAGGGGUAAUGGUUCCAUCUUCAGACACUGAAACGCUGUUAUAUGUUGUUCUCCUACUGACAUUCUUGUCGUUGUAGAAACAUAUCAAGCUGCUGCGCUUGGCUCGAUCGUGAUGAAGCGGCGGGAGAGGAUUAAGUCAUGCCAGGACCAACACACACUUUUAAAACGUAAAAGUGACUUCACCGGUAAUGCUAAUAGAAUAGCCAUUACAAAGUCUCCAAUGUUGCACCCGUUCAUGGCUUCAAAUAUAGCUUCAAAACUAUUAUUCUCUUGUCUAUCCCCUGCUGCAUUUAAUUAACUAGAAAGUAAUAAACUUGCUCUUGUCUAUCCCCAGCAGUGCUUUGAUUCUCUUCUUU